AUGAUCUGUGAGGAUCGUACACUAAUGGAGACCAUUAAAGCUGUACGGGACAUCUGUCCAAAUCUUGGCUUUCUUAACCAGCUUCGACAUCUUGACAUGAGCCUCGUCCGUGAGAGGAAGAAAAAACUGGAAGCUUACAAAUUGUCAACGUCUCGUGAUAAAGGACUCCUCGCUGAUCUGGGAAUCACUCAUGUUGUAAACUGUGCCAACGGACUGCAUUGCAUUAACACAGGUGCCCAGUUGCACUCACACAUGAGUAUAAGUUACUGUGGAGUGGAGGCUUCAGAUCACCCACAGUUUGAUUUGAGCCAGUAUUUCUGCUCCACUGCAUCCUUCAUUAAAGCUGCACUCACUCAAACUGGCAAAGUGCUGGUUCACUGCGCAAUGGGAGUCAGCUUGGUCCUGGCUUUCCUCAUGAUGUGCAAGAACAACCUCACUCUUACGGAUGCCAUCCUCGCUUUCAGCUUGAACAGGGACAUCUCUCCCAACUCUGGCUUUCUAGAGCAGCUGAGAGCUCUGGAUAAGCAAUUAAAGAGAUAA